GAAAGCAGCAGAAGAUGGCCUGAGUGCUUGGACCCCUUCCACCCACAUGGGAGACUAGAUGGAGCUCUGGGCUCCUGGCAUUGUCCUGGACAAUCCCUGGCUGUUGCAGACAUUUUUGGAAUGAACCAGCAAAUAGAAAAUCACUCUUUGCCUCUGCCUUUGUCUCUCUGUCUCUCUCUGUAUCUUCCUCUCUCUGCAAUUGCCUUUCAAAUAACUAAAUAAAUAUUUUCUUUAAAAAAAAAUAGAGAUUGUGUUUGGUUUGUGUACAUUUCAAGCGAUCCACCUGUGAGAAGGGCGGUAGGGGUGAGGGUGUGCUGGAAGCCCCUGACUCCUGGGCUGUCCCUUUUUCAUGCUGUUCAUCCUGCUCCUUCUGCACGCAGCGCCCACAGCCCCAUAGCAGAUACCUUCCCAUCCACACACCUUUCUGAAGACUGGUGAUCAGCUGAGGCCAUCGGCAUUUGUUGCCUGCAGUGGACAGCUGGCGUCUUGGGGUGGAUACUCUUACUUUCCUGUGAGGACUGGUGGUUGGAUUGUUUGUGCUGUCUUGUUCAUGCUCUUCCUGUGUGUGCAAGCUCACUGUAGCAGUCAGAUUGGAAGCUUCUUUAGAGCUAGAGAUUUGUCUCUCUUUAAUUAAACAAACAAACAAAAAAAAUGCCAGCACGAAAUAAUGCUCAUAAGGAAAAAACUAAGCUGGAAUUAGAGCAUUGCAAGUUAAGGUUCCCCUAGGGUUGUCUCUCCUGCCACUACCACCAUGGAUGAAAUAGAAUAUAUUUCUCCAGAUUUUUUUCUGUGUAUAUUAAAGAAUACCUCAGAAAGUUCAUGGAAAAAGGAAAUUAAAAGAAGUUUGUUCUACAUUAGAUCAAAAUAUUUUGAAAUUCAUGCAUAAUUUUUUUAUUUUUCUGCUUUUAAAAUAAAGAUUUUUUUUAUUUAUUUGAGAAGUAGAGUGACAGACAGAGAGAGGAAGAGACAGAGCGAAAGUUCUUCUAUCCGCUGGUUCACUCCCAGAUGGCCACAACGUCUGGAGCUGAGCCGAUCUGAAGCCAGGAGCUAAGAGCUUCCUCUGGGUCUCCCACGUAGAUGCAGGGGCCCACACACUUGGGCCAUCCUCCAUUGCUUUCCCAGGCCAUGAACAGGGAGCCAGAUUAGCAGUGGAGCAGCCAGGUCUCAAACUGGCACUCAUGUGGCAUGGCAGCAUCAAAGGUGGUGGCUUAACCCGCUAUGCCACAAGGCUGGCCCCUAGAUUUUUUUUUUUUUUUUAUAAUACACAUUUUCCUUGAAUCUUUUGAAGAACUCCCAUUCACAUAAAUUUCAAAUUUUUGAAAUUUGAAACUUUUAAUUCCAUUUUCCCACAGACUUUUAAAAAACUUAUUUGAGAGACUAAGAGAAAGAGAAGGUAGCAAGACAGAGAGAGAAUAUCUCCAGUCUGCUCAUUUACUCCCCAAAUGCCCAUAAUGGCCAGGACUAGGCAGGGCUGAAGCUGGGAGAUAAAAGCUCAAUCCGGGUCUCUCACAUGGGUGGCAGGAAGCCGACCACAUCACCACUGCCUCCCAUGGCACACAUUAACAGGAUGCUGGAGUUGGGGGUCAGAGGGAGGCCCUGAACCGAGGCGCUCCGUCAUGGAAUGCAGGCCUCCCAACCGGCGGCUUAACUGUCAGGACGAGGAAGGGCGAUGCGGCAGAGGUCGACAGGACAGCUUUCCUUGGCAAGGCGCAGGGCUUCCUCAUCUGCCGAGCACCUGGGAGCAGCUGCCUUGAAAGAUGCAGUGUGAGGAGCCCAGGACACAGGGUUGUGACUGCAGUGAGAGAAUGGUCACAAGAACAAAGAAGAUAUUUGUAGGCGGAUUAUCUGCGAACACUGUUGUGGAAGAUGUCAAGCAAUAUUUUGAGCAGUUUGGAAAGGUGGAAGAUGCGAUGCUGAUGUUUGACAAAACUACCAACAGGCACAGAGGGUUCGGCUUUGUCACUUUUGAGAAUGAAGACGUUGUGGAGAAAGUCUGUGAGAUUCAUUUCCAUGAAAUCAAUAAUAAAAUGGUAGAAUGUAAGAAAGCACAGCCUAAGGAAGUCAUGUUCCCACCUGGGACGAGAGGCCGGGCCCGGGGACUGCCUUACACCAUGGACGCGUUCAUGCUGGGCAUGGGGAUGCUUGGCUACCCCAACUUUGUGGCAACCUAUGGCCGCGGCUACCCCGGAUUCGCUCCUAGCUACGGCUAUCAGUUCCCAGCCCUAUUACCAUAUUUAAAUGCAAGCUUCCCGGCGGCGGCCUAUGGACCAGUGGCGGCGGCAGCAGUGGCAGCGGCCCGCGGAUCAGUCCUGAAUAGCUACAGUGCUCAACCGAAUUUUGGCGCGCCCGCUUCCCCGGCAGGCUCCAACCCGGCGCGGCCCGGAGGCUUCCCGGGGGCCAACAGCCCAGGACCGGUCGCCGAUCUCUACGGCCCUGCCAGCCAGGACUCCGGAGUGGGGAAUUACAUAAGCGCGGCCAGCCCUCAGCCGGGCUCCGGCUUCGGCCACGGCAUUGCUGUGAUGCCCUCGGACCUGGAACCCCACCAGCCUCACUCCUCAUCCCAACCAGAGAUGGCUCACUUCGGACGGAGGGUUGGCUACAUCUCAUCAUCUCACGAUUCUGCUGUAAUAUAAGACAACAGCUUUUAAAUGUGUAUAUAACCCAUGAUUUUGGUUUUGUUCUGUUUUGUUUUUCUUGAUGGUUUCCCAUUCCCUCCUCUCUCCCCCCAACCCCUCCUUUUAAAUCUCUCUGAAUCACGUUUGGUAGUGAUUUUGACUUAGUGUAGGGGUCACAUAGCUUUAAUAUCUAGUUAAAAGCUAACCAUAGUACAGCUGUUAUAUUAAGGAGUUUUUUUUUUUCUUUCAAAAGAUUCUUUUGGGGCUUGUUUUGAUUCUGUUCUCACUUUUAAAGGAUGCUGAGAUGGUAAUAUUACUCUCAAUGUUUUGGUACCGGUUCGGAGACUCUGAAAUGUCAGGUAGAACCUGGCACACACUGAAGCGACGUUGUGGCGUGGGGAGCAGGAGGCGGGCCUGCGCCUUCUCCUGUGCGCUGUAGAAGUGAGCUGUAAUAGGCUGAUGACCAGACUGUAGCAUUUCCUUUGUGUGAUGUCUCUUUGUUAACCUGAGUAUAUCUAUUUUCGGCAAUAAGGUAAGGACGACAAUGUUUUGGAGUGUCCUCCUUUUCUAUAAGUGCUUUUUUUUUUCCUGUUGAAAGAGGUGAUAUUAUAAGGUUUUUUGCAAUUGUGAAUUCUAAAAGAGAAAAUGUUGUAAAUACAAUUCCAUUAACUACAUAGAAACUAUAAAGAAAGAGAGAAUCAAAAAUAUUUUUGUGAGGGCGUCGGUCCCAGGCAGUUUGGUGCUCCGUGGAAGGAGGAGGGGAGGGGAGCUGGACGAAGUGGGUGACGGAGCCGGGAGCAGCCAGCUGCCGGGCAGCCCCAGGAACCGCGAGAACACUGCUGAGCGCCUUGUCUGCGUGAGAGGCCUGUAUUAGGAUCCUACCAGCCUGUUAACCUCUCGUCUGUGCACAGCUUCAAAUGUUACUGUCUAGUUAGAUUUUUAUUUAAAAUAUGAAAAACUGCUUUUCCCAAGACGUUUUUUAAAAAAAAAAAAACAAAGCUACAAUUUUAAUAUUUAACAUAUUUAAAGUUUCAAAGCACACCUGUUUGGCUUGGGUGGAGGGGGUGGGGGGGCCUUCUUUUUCAGUCUUAAUUUUUAAAGAUUUGAUCAUUUUCUAUUGUCCGAUCAUUUCAGCGCCUCCAAAGGUCUUUAGGACACUCUGCCUGUCUUCACCGCGCCCCCCCCCACCUCGCCCCCCAACCCCACUCUGGGGGCCGUGGGUCAUACCACCCUUUCUCCAUCCACUUUCUAUUUACAAAUUAGGAAAGCAACCUUUGGGUUUAUAUAUUUUUUUUAAUACCUCAGUGCUGCAAGUAUCACCAGAGAGGCUAUGAAAGAAAAAAUUUUUUUUAAUUUAUUAUAGAUGUAAACAGAAUUUUAAAAAUAAAAAGUAUAAACAUCACUGCACUGUGACUGGUGGGAAAAAUGGACAGUUUCCUGUUUGCACAUGCUUGACAUUUGGCUGUUAUAAUAUAUGGUCCUCGGUCGGGGAAAGAUACUUCUGAUGAAGGAUAUUUUUUAAUUUAACUUUUUUUUAAAUGUUGGUAAUAGGUCGGCAACAGCAACUAUAGAAGUACAACUCAAUAGAUGGCAUUAAAACAUAUUGUAGUGUGGAUAUAUAUUUUUUUCUUUUUUAAAAUGUGAUAUUGACGUUUUAUUAAUAUUUUUUAAAUUGUUACGUUUAUAAAUUUGGUACUUAAGGCACAGCCAGUAUGAGACACUGAAUGCGACAUUUAUUAUAAAGAGCUGCUGCACUCCUAUUUUUAUAAAUUUUACUAACAAAGUAGACUAAUGUAGACAUUCGCAGACACAGUAGGGCAGACACGUCUUCAGAUGACGAACUGCAAAAUGCUAACUCAGAAAGGAAGAAGAAAAGCCUUUUUUAAUUCUACUUAAAUAGCAACAACAUAAAAAAAAUCAUGUCCUUUGUUUUCAUGUCAGGUUGUUUGGUGACAGUUUUGGGUUUCUUUGGGAUUUUCUUUCUUUAUUUCUUUUUUCUUUCUUUCUUUCUUUCUUUUUUUUUUUUAAUUUCCAAACAACCAGAUUAAAUAAAAUGCUGAACGCUUUUAAAAUCUCAAAACUUGUUCAAGUGAUAAAAUAACAGAAGUUUUAUUAAAAAAGAAAAAAAGAACAAAAAGAGACAGUAAAUCCCCAGGAACGCGAUCUAGCCUCGGGGAUGGACGGCUCUUGGGUCCGCGUUCGUGUCUAGUGACUCCCCUUCCUCUGCAUCCCUCACAGCCUCCUAGAAGACUCUGUUGAUCAUUGUCUAUUAGUAAUGUCUGCAGUGGCUGUCUUGUAAGCGUGCUGUCCUGGUACUAGUGCAGUGACUUUUUUUCUCCUCUUUCUUCUAGUACAUAUUGAUAGGUAUAAUGUAAUUAAGGUUUAAAAAAAUUAGACAUAGUUACUCAGAUUUAGGACCAGUAAGGAUAGAACUUUCUCUUAUUUAUGGAAAAAAAAAUUGCUAAUAAUUUUGGGGCAGUUGUUUCCUUUAAUUCUUUUUUUUUUUUUUCAAUUUCAAGUUUAAGUUUAUUUUCGCUGAUCUGAUGUGGUUUCAACUAACCCAAGGUCUCACCACAUUCAAAUGCCGGCCGACUCUGCGGCGUUUUGUAGAUCCCCACCCCCCUUCUCUGCAAAGGGGCGUGCCAUACUACCUUAAAUGCUAAUGCUAGAUAUGCAAAACUGGAUUUUUUUAAUUUAUUUUUUAAAAGAGGGAGGCAUGGUAUAUUAAAAUGAUUUUACUAAGAGAAAAAAAAUAUUUUUUUAAGAAUGCUCAGAAGAAAUUGAUAAUCUGUGUGAAUAUGUUUUAGAUGUUUAUAUACCUUUUGAAGAGACCCAGUAGCCCAUAGCACAAAUCUUGUGGAAAUCUGACAUGUUUCAAUGUGGCUACCUAGGUCAAGGUUCACGUGAGUCCCCCCACCCCCUCAUCUAGAAGUCCAUUUUGAAACAUUUUUGUAAAUUCUUUUAGCACUGAUGUUCAGCCUUGUCUUUGUUUCGGUUGAGCUCAAUGGCACUCUUGGGCACCACCUUUCGCCUUCUUCCCUGGGGGAGGAACGCUCCCGGCUGAUGGCUUUUCCUGGAAUUACCAAGGAGCCACCAGGGGUCUCUCUGGCUUCCAGAUCCGUCUGCCUGAGACCCCUGACCUCCUGUCCUGAGCAGAGCCAGUGGCAUUGGCUCCCGGGCCCAUUCCUGGUUCUUCCAGUCCUCGGGGCUGGCGGAGGGGACCAAGCCGCCCGCCUCCUCGCCCAGAGCCCUCGCAGACUGGGUUUGUGGCCUUCCUCGUGCACCGGGUAGGAAAACCCAACAGCCUCGCGCUCUAGCCUGGGCGCCCGUUGGCUUGAUUCAGACGAAGCCCCCACAGGCCUUUGCGUUUUUAUCCUUCAUAGCCAUCAUCUUAAUUUGAACUCGUAGCUUGGACUUUAAGGUAGCAUGGCUCUGCUGCUGUGGCUCGUUUCACUGCGCAGCGCUUCACAGCCAGUGAGUGUUGCACACAUCUUGCUAGACUAGUAGAAAAAUCAUUGGGUAAUUGUUGCUUCUAAUGACCUGAAAGGUGUUCGGUUUUCGUUUUUUGCUUUUGUUUUGUUUUGUUUUGCUUUGUUUUUGUUUUGUUUCUUGAGUUUCUGAUUUUUUUUUUUUUUUGGAGGGGGGUUUCUUUUUCAUUUGGGGAUUUUGGAAAAAAAUAAAAAGAGAUUAUUUUUGGUUCCAAAUAGAAAAACAAAACCUAUUUUGAUCUUUAGUGCAAACGAGGGCUAGGGACUUAGCCUCCACCACCACACUGCUUCAUUCUGCCAUUCACUCACUGCAGCAGAUUCAAGAAUAAAGCAAUAUGGUUUACUACAUUUUUUAUCAAAGGUCAGCCAUGCUUUCUGUAUUAUAUUGCAUAUGAAGUUGUUUACAAAAGAGACACUAACUCAUGCUUCUCUUUAUCAGUUGGAAGUGGCACACAGGAACAGAGGGGGACUGGGGGGGUGGGGGAGGGGAGAUUUUUUUCUCGAAUGUGCUUCACCAGCCAGGCCAUCUUCCAAGGAAAGCACCAGCCAGGGGGGCGGCAGGCAGAGAAGAGGGCCAGGCUGCAGGCGAGCGCAUGCAAGAGAGACACUGGCGAGUUCCCUACCCUCACCCCAAAGCAGAAGUCAGCUUCGCCCAGUCCUGGGCACAGACACUACACAAGGACAUGCUGGAAGUUAAGCAAUACUUUAAUACUGUAAUAUGUUCGUUUUCUUUUUUCUUUCUUUCUUUGUUUUUCACCAAAAAAAAAAAAAAAAAAGAGGUAAACUAAAGUACAAAAGCAUAUAUUUUAAAUAAAAUACCAAACCCACCCCUCUCGGGGAGCGCCCUUGAUCCACCCCCUCGGCUCUCAGAUCAUCAGAAUGUGUGUCUCAGACAGGAAGGACCUUCGUUUCCAGGAGCCAGGGGCACGAGGGGAGAGGGGAACGGGGACCGAGAGACGAAGGCUCCGGAGCCUGCGCGGGGCUCCUACUACUGUAUUCUGUACAUACUGUACCAUCCCGUGUGGAAGCUGUGAGCGGCCUCUCAGUACUGUGGCUAGCCGAUCUGCCUUUCACGGUGUGUUGUAAACUCGGAAUUCCAUAUGUAAUAGGAUGCAAGUCUAAGCGUUUCAUGUGGACAUCAAUGUAUCUCAAUAAAACUUUCCCUAGCACUGUGGCUGACCUCACCCAUACUUUUAUACUUUAGUAUGAAACUGAUGAGAACUUUGGUAGUGAGUAUUUUUUUUAUAUAUAUACAUAUAUAUGUAUCUAUCUAUAUAUAUAUCUCAAGCAUCUUUCAGGUCUUUGUGUGUGGCUUUCUUAAAGCCCUGUUGUAAAAAAUUACUAUGUGGAUGGCAGUCUCUCACAUCACAGAUGUGGAAAGUAUAAUUUUAUAUUUGUAUUUUCAAAUAAAUAAGUUUGUGAAAGGUUUCCAUCCUCUACUGUGGUCCAGAAAUCAAUGUGUUUGUCUGACAAAAAAAAAAUAAAUAAAAUAAACUGUUUUGAACAGA